UUUUAAGCCUUUAAUUGAUUUUGAUAGAUCCAAAUGGAGUCUGCUAUAGGCUACUUGAGCAAGUUUUCCGAUUCCGAAUCAGCCCAAUCGCUUCCACUCUUAUCUUCUUCUCGCUCUCUCCGUCUUUCCUGACAAUCAUAAUGGAGUCUCUUUCUAUGAUCCUUUCAUCUUUUCUACCCUUACAAAACCAUCCCAAUACCCACAAAUCAACCUCCUCCAAACUAUUUCCUCUUUUCCCAUGCUCCUUUUCCAUCUCCAGUUCCAUUCCUCAAUCUCUCAUUUAUCAAGGAACGAAAUCCCGCACCACUGAACUAACCUCUCCCUCACCCUUUCGUCGCUCUAAAAACCAUCUUCAAAACCCUCUUUCAAUUCUUCGAAACUCUUCUCUUUUACAAACUCUGACCAAAACCCAUCUUUCUUUUACCUUAUUUAACCUCUUCACUUCUUUCCCUUGUCUGUCCUCUGAAUCAGUUAUAUCCUCAACUGAGCCAGGCAAAGUGAGCCUAGAAGCAAUCUUGGUAUCAAUUGAUGAAUUUUUUAACAAAAACCCAUUUUUUGUUGCUGGCUGCACGUUCAUUUGGCUUGUUGUUGUACCUUUAACUAAAGAGUACUUGAGCAAAUGCAAGUUUAUAUCUGCCAUUGAUGCGUUUAGGAAACUCCGUGAUGACCCAAAUGCUCAACUUUUGGAUAUUAGAGAGAAGAAGACUCUGGAUUCUUUGGGGUCUCCAAAGUUGGAUUUUUUGAACAAAGAUACGGUUCAGCUUCAGUUUACUGCUGAAGAUGAGGAUGGAUUCAUGAAGAAAGUUCUGGAGAGGUUUCCAAACCCUGCAAAUACUGUUCUUUGUCUUCUUGACAAUUUCGAGGGAAAUUCCUUGAAAGCGGCCGAGUUAUUGUAUCAGAAUGGCUUUAAGGAGGCUUAUGCAAUCAGGGGUGGAGUCAGAGGCCAGAAAGGUUGGUUGGUUGCUUGGCUCUUGGGAAUUGCCCCUUACAUGCCUCACGAAGUUGAUAAAUGUGAGGGGUCAAUUUGGAAAGGGGGGCAAGAGUUUAUAUAUGCUAUGUGAAAUUAUUACAAUGCUUACCAGGGAUUGGCCUGAGAGUUUGGGUUACCUGGGGAUGAACACUGUUGCCUAGUAUGCAUCAAUGGCGUAAUUUACUACCACAGUUAGAUUAUCUAAGUCAAGGAAUUUCCAGGAAACAUAUAUUCGUGAAAGUCAAGAUUUAAUUUGAAUGUUGAAGAUUCUGGUUAAUUUUAUCUUAAGGAAUAAAGAAGUGAAAUUUGAGACUGUUAACCUUGGAAAUAAAUACAAGUCACAUAAGGCUUAUGCUCUAAUAAUUUCAAUUCAGAAAGCUUCAAAACAAUCAUUUAAUAUGGGAUACAAGAUAUACUUGUAUCUUUUGGCAGAAAUGGCUGUUGAUCUGAUUGGGUAAAGCGUUGAGCUCUGGAUAACAGAACAAUUCAAAUAAAAGAUCACCUAAAUAGGAGGUUUUUGUUGAUAGAUUGUGGUAAUUGAAUUUAAAAUCUCUUUCCUUUUAUUGCUUUGUCUCCUUCAUUCUCAUAGAUAAAAUUGUUCCUUUAAUAUAUCUAUUUAUUAAUAGUUAAAUGGUAAACAUCUCGGUUAUAACUUGACAAGUCUUAGUAAGAGUAUUAGGCUUUCCUUUGUGUCUGGAAGCCCAAGUUGGUGUCUUUUUUUUUUUUGGCCAAUCAACCUAAGAUAGUUGAGCAUGUGGC